AAGAGGGAUGUCACAGCCCGACAAUGACAUUAGAGAAGUUUUCUGUGGUUUGUUUCGUGGCCACCCGAGGUACCCCUCCCUCACUGGGACCUUCCAGCCCUAGUAACGUCACCAGCUGCCUGAAGCCUCUGGGUUCCCCCUGGACCUCCCAGGCCCGAGAGCCCGCUCAAGGGGGGGGCGGGGGGCUUCAUUGCCUUCCUUUCUCUCCGUGGCUCCGUUCCUAACCCGGACGCCGGAAGGGGGGCGGUAGAGACCCCCAGAGAGAGGCGGGCAGCCGCAUUUCUAUGCUGCUGGGGCGCUGGGCCCUGGUCAGGGGCUCCCCAUCUCUGGGUCUCAGUUUCCCCAUCAGUAAAAUGAACGUGGGCCAGCGGCGGCAGAGGGUCCUCCCAGCUCAUGGAGCGUUCUCAGAGAUUGGCUGGUAGACUCCUGCGGGGAGGGGGAUUCCCUCCCCACCCUUUCUGGAAAAGCAUCGUGGGAGAGGGGGUCGCCCUGUGGCCGCCGCAGUCUGCCUCUCUCGCUCCACCGGGUCAAGGGGAGACGAAAGGCUGCCCAGCCCCCUACCAGCCGGGUGGUAAUUCAACAGGACUGAAGGGGACAGGCCCUUGGUGGCGGUGCUUCAGGGAGACCCCUGCACACCAGGGUCAGCAUCGGAGCCCGGUCACUGAGCCAUGCUGGGUCCCGGGAGGCCUGCCGCAAGCCCAACCCCGGCACCCACAUAGUCAUGAACAGCCACAGCCACAACGGCUGCGGGGGGCGGCCGCUGGGCAGCGGGCUGGGUGCCCUGGGCAGAGACCCUUCGGAGCCCGAGGCCGGCCACUCCCCGCAGCCCCCACAUGGCCCAGGCCUCCAGGUGGUGGUGGCCAAGGGCGAGCCAGCCCGGCCCUCGCCUGGCAGUCCCCGGGGGCAGCCCCAGGACCAAGAAGAAGAGGAAGACGAUGAAGAGGAUGAGGCAGGUGGGAGGAGGGACUCGGGGAAGGCCCCUAACGUGGGCCACCGCCUGGGCCACCGGCGGGCACUCUUCGAGAAGCGGAAGCGCCUCAGUGACUACGCCCUCAUCUUUGGCAUGUUCGGCAUUGUCGUCAUGGUGACCGAGACGGAGCUGUCCUGGGGCGUCUACACCAAGGAGUCCCUGUACUCAUUUGCACUCAAAUGCCUCAUCAGCCUCUCCACGGUCAUUCUGCUGGGCCUGGUCGUCCUCUAUCACGCCCGGGAGAUCCAGCUGUUCAUGGUGGACAACGGGGCGGACGACUGGCGCAUCGCCAUGACGUGCGAGCGUGUCUUCCUCAUCUCUCUGGAGCUGGCCGUGUGCGCCAUCCACCCGGUGCCGGGGCACUACCGCUUCACGUGGACGGCGCGCCUGGCCUUCACGUACGCGCCGUCGGCGGCCGAGGCGGACGUGGACGUGCUGCUGUCCGUCCCCAUGUUCCUGCGCCUCUACCUGCUGGGCCGCGUCAUGCUGCUGCACAGCAAGAUAUUCACGGACGCCUCGAGCCGCAGCAUCGGCGCCCUCAACAAGAUCACCUUCAACACGCGCUUCGUCAUGAAGACGCUCAUGACCAUCUGCCCAGGCACCGUGCUGCUCGUCUUCAGCAUCUCCUCCUGGAUCAUCGCCGCCUGGACCGUGCGCGUCUGUGAGAGGGAAAACAUGUACCACGACAAGCAGGAAGUGACCAGCAACUUCUUGGGGGCCAUGUGGCUCAUCUCCAUCACCUUCCUCUCCAUCGGCUAUGGUGACAUGGUGCCCCACACCUACUGCGGGAAGGGCGUGUGCCUGCUCACUGGCAUCAUGGGGGCCGGCUGCACAGCACUCGUGGUGGCCGUGGUGGCCCGGAAGCUGGAGCUCACCAAGGCAGAGAAACACGUGCACAACUUCAUGAUGGACACUCAGCUCACCAAGCGGGUAAAAAAUGCCGCCGCUAACGUUCUCAGGGAGACGUGGCUCAUCUACAAACACACGAGGCUGGUGAAGAAGCCAGACCACGCUCGGGUUCGGAAACACCAGCGUAAGUUCCUCCAAGCCAUCCAUCAAGCUCAGAAGCUCCGGAGUGUGAAGAUCGAGCAGGGGAAGCUGAAUGACCAGGCCAACACUCUCGCCGACCUGGCCAAGAAAUUCCAAUUCCAGUGUCAGCCGAGAGCUUCUUUGCGCAGGAAACACGUUGAUUGGAAGAGCCUUGUCAGAUCGGUUUGUGGUAUAAACGGAUCUAUCUGUUGGCCGUAUUAUCAAGUCCUGCUUCUAGAGCACUCGUCCUACGAGCGGUGGCAUACCCUACUCAGAACGUCAUGUACGACCUCAUGUCCGAGCUGCACGCCCAGCACGAGGAACUUGAGGCCCGCCUGGCUGCCCUGGAAAGCCGCCUGGACGCGCUGGGCGCCUCCCUGCAGGCCCUGCCCGGCCUCAUCGCCCAAGCCAUACGCCCACCCCCCCCACCUCUGCCUCCCCGGCCUGGCCCAGGAGCCCUGGACCAGGCAGCCCGGAGCCCCCCGUGCCGGUGGCCGCCCAUGGCCCCUUCAGACUGCGGGUGACAGCCCUGCCCACCACCGGACCCCUCAAUCUUGGCCAUCGUGUGGCCGCCACCUCCACGCCAUCCAGGAAGCCCUGUACAGUGGCGCCUCUUGGAGUUCAAGGAGCCGAAGCUGAGUCGGGCCCAGUGGACCAGGGCCCACCCCACCCAGACAGUCUGGGCAGAAGGCAGGGCCGGACCGCAGGCGAGGGCAGGGGCGGGCCACCGCCCGCUUCCUCCUGAACGGAGCUGGGGGAGAGCCAGGAGCUUCCUCUGGCCCCCUGGCCCCCCUGACUUUCCCCAGGCCCCUGGUGGGCACGGAGCAACCAGGAGAGGGGUCCUUGCUGGUUCUCAAUAAAGCAGGACCCACCCAGUU